UUUUCUGGCAGAGAGAUUCUACCAAAAAUACAGAAUACAAUGGACUUAGUGUGAAAAAUCUUAGCUAAACAUAUGUAAGUACACUUUGAUAGUGGUUUGUGGACAAAUUGUCGUUAUUUCAUAAAUCUGAUUGAUGAUAUUCUAAAUCCUGAGUCCUGAGUUCAGUGCGCUUGGUCAGUACAACGGUAAACAACAGUGAACAUAACUCAUCUAUACAACUUUGUAACUUACUAGUGUACACGUUAAGCGCCCAAUGCUUUAAAUGCCUGAGACAAAGAAACGUCCUCUUGAUACAAUGGAAACAGGUGAAAAUUCCAGUGAGUCAAAAGGGGAACACGAGAAAGUACACGAUUUUCAGAUCAGGGACAUUAUGAAUGGCAUCGCUAACAUUCAAAAUACCUUAGCUAAUUUUAUGUUACGAUUAGAUAGCCAAGGACGACACAUAGAUGAAAUAACGAAAGAAAUAAGAUCGAAAGAUGGAAUAAAUGACAGAUUAGAGUGUGUACAAGAACAAGCAAAUGACACUUUAUACACAAUUACAGAGGUUGACCAAAAACAAAAAAAAAUGGAACGAGAGAUGGCAAUGUUAAGAGACUAUGUCGUUCGACUAGAAUCCCAAGUAAAUACCCAAAAUUCUCAGAUUCUAGAACUGCAAUCACGAUCGAUGGAAAACAAUGUUAUAGUUAACGGUGUAGAAGAAAAGGCUCCCGAAAAGACAAAUCCUGAGAAAUUACCAUUGAUUUUGAAAAAUGUAUUUAUACAAGAUAUGGGAAUAGACGAAACGGUGGUAAAUAAUCUGCGCAUCGAGAAACUGCACAGAAUGGGAAGCUUUGAUUCCCGCAGAAAAUUCCCUAGACCUAUACUUAUCCAGUUUGCCGACAAACAAAGUAAAGAUACAGUUAUGAAAAACAUAAAAGUUCUGAAGGAAAACAAAUCAAGUAUCCGCGUUGCACAGCAACUUCCUGAAGAAAUGCGCGAAAAAAGGAAACAGCUUUACAAUAUACAGCAAAAGUAUGCAGAGCGCAACAUAGACACCAGAAUAAAAGGAGACAAAUUAGUAUUCACCAAGAGUAACUCGGUAUAUAGGGACAAACUUGGACCCAGACCCACCGCCGAUGAAGUUAUUUCAGGGGAAGAGGUAAAAACCGUGUUCAGUGCUGGUAACUCUGUAGAAGAUAACGGGAACCGCUUCACCGGUCACGCCACCGACGCCACAUCGUACAAACAGGUCAGACGAUCAUUGGUCGAAGUCAUGAGACUGGAAGGAGUACCGAGUGCUACCCAUAACGUGUACGCCUACCGAUUCGAAGGACAAGACGGCGCGAUCCACGAAGGUUCGAACGAUGAUGGGGAGCAUGGAGCAGGUAGACAACUAUUACGAACACUGGUCGAUAACGAAAUAAAAAACGCGCUAGUUGUCGUAUCGAGAUGGUACAGUGGAAACAAACUGGGACCUCGUCGUUUCACCCACAUAUGCGAUGUUGGACUCAGUGCUGUGAAAAACUUGCUCAACAAAGGCUGAAUAUAAACCCGAACGUGACAUGCUCACUGUUUUUGUGUUAAACCAUUCCCAGUUAAACGGUUAAUUUUUCUUAAAAACGCUAUAAUGUUGUAUCUGUUUAUGAAGAUGUAGGUAAUUACUAAGUGCACGGAAACUUAAGCCUUUUUCUAUAUAUGAAAUGUGAAGUACCUCAUAUGUGUUCCUUUUUUCUCAUUAGCUUUGUUUUUUGGUUUUUUUUUUCAUAAAUUUAUUUAUUUAUAUAUUUAUUUUAUAUAUCACCCAAAUUUUUCGUCUUUACCGAACCUACUGAGAUUUACAAUUCCUGGGUUCAUCAGUAUAUGUACUUCGUGUCUACUAUGUGCCCGAAAAGUUCGGCUUUUUUUUCGAUAUACGGUGCACGAAUAUUUCAA